ACUUUUGACAAAAUCAAUCCUUCGGUGCCAAAGUCAACGUAGUUGUGCGCAUCAUCAACAUAGCGGCUCAGCCUAUUCAAAAUAACACCUUCGGGAACAAAAUUUCUUCUUUGAUCAUCCAGUGCUCCAUGGAGCUCUAUGCGUGCGGCUUCAACGCACAUAAUCAGCUUACAUUCAACGAAACAAGAGAAGCUGACCCCAAAGAUAUCCCGCAGCUGCGUCGACUUCUCUCGGCGGAGUAUAUUGAUAUUCUUUUCACCGGCUGGAGUAAUUUAGUCUUGGACGUUGAUCAUGUGCUCAAACUCAACGGCGCACGCCUUGACGGUUCCUCCACAUCGCCAAAUUAUUCGACCAUUCAGAACAUACAGAAGGAAAAUGCACCAGAAAAAGAAGACGUCAGAACAAUUUUUGGCGAUCAUACCGGCGUUCUUGGCGGUCUGAAUCGCACUGGAAAAAUCCUAAUUUUUGACCCUGAGCACAGCACUUUCAAACCACAUAAUCCGCCAGGACCGGCAGCAUCAAAAACACAUUUGAGCAUCGCCGGCAACGGAAAAGUAGCAACAUGCUAUGAAGAAUCUUAUUCGGACCCAGAAGCGCCUCCCCUCAGCUCUGGCUAUGGAAUCCGAAAGCAAUCUGUCAGUCAUCAUAGGAGUACACGAACCAUCAUUCACGAAUACCUUAGUCUAGACGAUUUUCUCCAGCAUCAUGAUCUGGGCCAAUCAGGUACAGAAGAAAUACCAGCGCUGGCGCAUAAGGAAUUUAUCUUACACUGCUCUCCGCGACAAUUGGUCGCUAAUCAGACGGCGUUUACGUUUCUUGAUGACUUAGGGAACGUCUAUACGUGGGGUGACGGACGACAUAACCAUCUGGGCCGAGAAAUCACGUCUGCAACACCAGCAUCUACCCCCGGUUUUGUGGAAUCUCUGGGAGGAAUACCGAUUCGAAAGGUAGUCUCCGGUGGUUGGGUCACGGCCGCUGUAUCACGAGAUCGGGACUUGUACCUUUGGGGCGGAAGACCUGGAGAGGGGCAAUGGAUUAGAGAAUUGCCUCAUUCGCCGGCGCGGGUAGAUGAGGAGGGCGUAGAGGAAGAUGUGGCACUGGCGAAUGUGGAUGGCGGAGUAGAUAUUGUUGAUGUUGCGGUUGGAGAUGGGCACGUUGUUGUGCUUACUGCGGAGGGCAAGCUGUUUGCAGCGGGUAGAGGGGGGAACGGGCAAUUGGGAUGUGGAGGUAUGGAAUUUGCAGAGGCGUGGAGGGAGAUGCAAUUCGAGGAAGGGGAUGCAUCAGACAAGUCAAUUGUCGGAGUUUUCUGCGGUCCGUGGUAUACGCUGGUUUUGUGCAGAAUAAAGAGAUAGAGAAAAGCGGAAUAGUCUAUUUGCAAAAAGAUGUAUUACAAUUGUUAUAUUUCUAUAUAAUGCGACCCUAUGCCUUCGAUAUAGGUAAAUAUCACCGGACCGCCGAUUUUGUUACCUGCUCCCUAAAUAGUUACCAAGAAUAAAAAGG